CUGUCUUCCAUCUUUCUCUCUCUCUACCGAUAAAAUAUCUCUCUGCGAUCUGCGAAUACAGAAGUCAAGUCAAUCAGUUGAUACAAUAUCUGUGAAGAGAGAAAUUCUUUUGUAGAUCAUGAGUUAUUAUAAUCAGAAUCAGCCGCCAGUGGGUGUACCUCCGCCUCAAGGUUAUCCGCCGGAAGGCUACCCGAAAGAUGCAUAUCCGCCGGCUGGAUACCCGCCGCAGGGGUAUCCGCAGCAACAGGGCUACCCACCCCAGGGGUAUCCUCCGCAGUACGCCCCCCAGUACGGCCAUCCGCCGCCGCAGCAGCAACAACACUCCAGUGGCAGUACCGGAGUAUUGGAAGGAUGUUUGGCUGCUCUCUGCUGCUGCUGUCUCCUUGAUGCAUGCUUCUGAUGAGUGAUUGAAGAAACUGUGAAAAGGGGAUUUGCUUCGGGAAUUGAGGCCUUCUGAUUCCUUGAUGCAUUCUUCUUCAUUCUAUAUGCUAAAACCAUCAUCAUUUUCCUAUGUUCUUUCCUCCCUUUAUGUAAUUUCUGGACUUGACUUCCAUUUGUGACUUGACUUCCAUUUGUGAGUAAUGAUUUCUUUUUCUGCUGGUGUAAAUUUCUAUUAAUGGAGAAAAUUGUCUUUUUAUUCUA